UACAGCAGUGUCUGUCGGACCAUCAGCGCAGCCUCAUCAUUCGUCGCAGUUUUGAGCGGGCUAAUCAUCGCACCUAGAUGACUUUAUUGCACUCCAAGCCAUGCACGUGACCAAAACAAUGACCUGUUGUUAUUUUUGGCACUGUUCUCUGCGCUAAACGACUGAGGACUCUCUGUAUAGGGAGCAUCAUCUCAGGGCACGGACUCUCCGGCGGAGCGCAGGACGGGAUGGGAUCGCAACUGCGCGUUUAGGAAACGGGAAUGGGAAGUUUAAACGACCGUGGACUGCGGAUGCUGUCUAAAAAACACCCGAGGAUCGGCUUUAAGGGAAGUUUAAAAAGUAACAAUCUGCAAAAAUCCGUUAAUCGCCUCUGAACGAACUGCUCGCUUUGUGCUCCAAAUUAAGCAGCGCUGGUUCUUCGGGCACAAUGAAAUCCAUCUUCUACACUCGCUUUUUCAUCCUUCUUCCGUGGAUCUUGAUAGUGAUUAUCGUGAUCGACAUCGAUACGAAGAGAUUAUCAGUUCGAAACACAGCCAGCUUUUAUUUAUCUCGGUUGGGGAAUGUACAGCAGCGGCAGGUCGUCAGAACGACUCGGACCAGCAGCAGCAGCAGCACCACCGCCAGCAGCAGCAGCAGCGGGAGAAACGCCACAUCUCUCCCGGUCAUUUAUGCCAUCACUCCCACUUACAGCCGAGCGGUGCAGAAAGCAGAGCUCACCCGCUUGGCAAAUACGUUCCGCCAGGUCCCACAGUUCCACUGGAUCGUGGUGGAGGACGCGAACUCCCACACGGAGCUGGUGUCGCGGUUUCUCGCCCGGUCCGGGGUGCGAUACACUCACCUGAACGUGUUCACCCCGCGCAGGUUCAAGCGGACCGGGAUGCCCCGAGCGACCGAGCAGAGGAACUUAGCGCUCGGCUGGAUCAGAGGACACCGCGGCUCCAAAGAUAAAGGAGUAGUUUUCUUCGCAGAUGAUGAUAACACUUACAGCCUUGAGUUAUUUGAAGAGAUGCGCUCAACUAGGAGAGUGUCAGUGUGGCCUGUGGGACUUGUCGGAGGUCGGAGGUACGAGCGUCCACUGGUGGAGAAGGGGAAAGUGGUUGGCUGGUACACAGGCUGGAAGGCCGACAGACCAUUUGCAAUUGACAUGGCUGGCUUUGCAGUGAACCUGCAGGUGAUCCUGUCAAACCCUCGUGCCCUGUUCAAGAGAAGAGGAGCAAAACCAGGAAUGCAAGAGUCUGAUUUCCUCAAACAGAUCACAAAGGUAGAAGACUUGGAGCCAAAGGCAAAGAACUGUACCCAGGUCCUGGUCUGGCACACCCGCACUGAGAAGGUCAACCUGGGUAAUGAACCAAAGCGGCAACAGGAUUCAGUGUUUAUAGAAGUCUAGCAAUCGACCCUGCACUAGUCAUUCAACACUGGACGGAGGCCCGCCAUCAAUGGCACUUUCCAAAAAAAAAAAAAAAACGAUGGCCACCUCUGAACUUUAGGAUACCUGCUGUGGCGUAAAGGACACAUGCCAAGCCGUCUCGGGAUGCUGGAAUGAAUUCUCUAUUGACAUGCACUGUAUCUGCUGGAGUUUCACACUGUGGCGUCACACUGGAUUAUCUGUAGGCGAAAGCAUGGAUAAAUGAAAACUGUAUGUGAAAAACUUGAUCGUAUUUCCAAUGUGGAGGUCAACAGACCAUUUUGUGGAUGCUUGGAGAAUCGGAUCAAUGCCUCUGAACAGGGAGGAAAAGGACUGGCUGCUUGAAUAAUGUAAAGAGAGCCUAUGUGGUGCUGAAAAUAAAACUAACUGCCUACAAAAAAUAAAAUAAAUAAAUAACAAUAAAAAGAAACAGAGAAUGAACAUUCCAUCCGAAGCACGAGACACCAUUACAGGGACAGAACUUUUGGAUUACAACUG